GUGCCUCCAAUGGGAAGUGUGAUUUACUGUACUACGCUCACUGUUUUGUAGUAGAGGCUGUAUAUACAUGCAAGUGGAGACAAGAGUAAUGAAUCUUAAGGUUGAGUGCAGUGCACUUACCUUGAGAACGUCUUACGAAGAGUAAGUUUGCGUUUCUCUCAGCAUGAUCAGCAGGAAAGGACGGUAGUCCUAGAAAGAAUUGAUGUAUCAGUUCCAGCCCUUGCUUUGGUGGUCUUGUUUUUAAAAUGGAAACAGAAACUGUACACAAAGGAGAGCAUUUCAAGGGUCUGGUAUCUGCAGAACCUGAUCCUGCAAAAACCCAUUUCCGUGUCUGUCGUUUUAUCAUAGAGGCAGGAAUUAAGUUGGGAAUGCAUUCCGUUCCAAUUGCCACAGCCUGCACCAUUUACCACCGCUUCUUUCAGACUUGCACCCUCGAAGUAUAUGAGCCUUAUUUAGUAGCCAUGUCAGCUAUCUACCUAGCAGGCAAAGUGGAGGAACAGCACUUACGUACACGGGACAUCAUCAAUGUUUGCCACAGGUACCUGAAUUCAAAGAGUGACCCACUAGAACUGGAUACCCACUUUUGGGAUUUGAGAGAUAGUAUUGUCCAGUGUGAAUUGUUAGUGUUGCGAGUGCUAAACUUCCAAGUUUCAUUUCAACAUCCCCACAAGUUCCUUCUUCAUUACCUCAUCUCCUUGAAGAACCUGAUGAACCGCCAUGCGUGGGCUCGCACUCCUAUUACUGUGACAGCAUGGGCACUACUGAGAGACAGUUACCAUGGCACCCUAUGUCUGCGAUAUCCUCCCCAGCAUAUUGCUGUGGCUGUCCUAUACCUGGCAUUGCAGACUUAUGGAGUUGAUGUCCUAGGAGGCACCGAAUCAGGGAAGCGAUGGUGGCAGGUGAUGUGACACAAAUAAGGAUUUUGCUCAGGAAGGAAGGAAAAAAAGUGCCCUACUUUCUGGGUUCUAAUCAUAGAGAGCUACAGAGAGAGACUGAGAAGGGGGAAUUGAGGAACUCCCCAAGGCUCUAUCUAGGACAAUACACAUUUUUGUUCUGUAUAAUUGCACACUCGCUUUCUGAUGGUUGUGUGCCUGUGCAGGCUUUCCAAAGACCAAUUACCAUUAACCUGUUUAAACAGUUGAUUCUUCAGUCUCAGUUGGGGGAUAAUGCUACAGUAGCCUUUGAAUUUUGUUUUCUGCAGUCAGCUCUGUUAUAUUUAUUCCUGUCCAGCUUAAUACGAUAGUGGAAGAAGCGCAUAACAUGUUAAGCUGAAGAGGGGCCAGUAUUACCCAAUUCUGGUGAAUGGAAAGUAAAGUUAAAUACAAAGUUCAACAUUAUACCUUUUAGGUUUGAUUAGGCAGAGGUAUA